AUGCCGUCAAAACAGAAAAACUCCACAGCUUCAGAAGAAACCGAAGAGGUUGAUGACGAAGUGGAGGAAACAGAGCCAAAAGUAAAGGAGAGGAGCAACAAAGUGACCUGUGAGGACGCCACAAAAGGAGAGAAAGGUCGGAAGAAAAACAAGAGUGUGAAGAGCUCAGAGAAUCAGGAGGAAAAAUCAGGGAAACUCAAAGAGGAAGUGACUGAGGGAACAAAGGAGGAAAAGAAGAAAAAGAAGAAGAAAUCCUCCACAGAGAAUCCAGAGGGGGGCGAGGAGAUGAGCUCCAAAGACAAGAAGUCUAAAGACGGCAAGAAGAAGAAGAAGCAUGAUGAAGAUAAAAAGAAAAAGGGGAAAAAAUCCAAAGCUAAACAGGUGGACUAUGCUGUGAUCUACCAGAACGAGCUGUUUAACUACCACACAGACUCAUCAGAUGGAUAUGAGGAUGAGUACUACAAAAAGAAAGUGUAUGAGGUGGUCACUGUCACUGGUGAUGUAAAAGGAGCCGGGACUGAUGCUAAUAUUUUUGUUACUCUUUUUGGAGAAUUUGGCGUCACGCCCAAGGUUGGCCUGGCAAGCAAAAGCAGAACUGCAUUUGAGAAGAAUAAGACCGAUGUUUUCCGUAUAAAAACACACAACGUGGGGCCUGUGAAGAAGCUGAGGAUUGAGCACGACAACACGGGGAUGAACGCCAGCUGGUUCUUGGACAGGGUGGUGGUGACCGACAUGCACCGGCCCCAUCUGCGCUUCUAUUUUGCCUGCAACAACUGGCUGAGUCGGGAGGAGGGUGACAACUUGUUUGUCAGGGACCUGCUGGCCAGCAAGGACCCCAUGGACGUCCCAAAAUUGAAUAAAUACUUAGUGAGUGUCUUCACUGCUGACAUGAAGGGAAGUGGAACUGAUGCUGACGUCUUCCUGAAUAUCUUUGGAGAGAAUGGCGACACAGGAGAGAAACGACUGGACAGUGACAAAGACAACUUUGAACGCGGCUCAGAGGACAAGUUUACGAUAGAGGCUCCAAACUUGGGAAGGCUGAAGAAAAUCACCAUCGGCCACAACAACAGAGGUUCAUCAGCUGGAUGGUUUCUAGAUAAGGUGGUGAUUGAUGACAUGGGAAAUAAGGAGGUGUACGAGUUCUUAGUCAAUAACUGGUUUGCUAUGGAUGAAGCUGAAGGCAAAAUACAGAGAGAUGUGUUGGUUGGAUCAUUGCAACCAAUGGCUAUUGUAUACAACGUACAAGUGAUGACUGGAAAUGUGAGGGGUGCGGGCACCAACUCAAAGAUCCACAUGGUUAUGCAUGGCUCCAAGGGCAUAAAAAACAGUGGCAAAGUCUUCCUGGAGGGCGGUACUUUCGAGCGUGGUCUCAUCGACAUUUUCAAUGUGGAGAUUUGUGAACUGAUAAGCCCACUCAGCAGGGUCACCAUCGGACAUGAUAAUGGGGCUGUUGGUGCCGGAUGGUACUGUGAAAAGGUGGUGAUAUACUGUGCGUUUACGGGCAUUGAGCAGACAUUUCAGUGUGGGAGGUGGCUGGAUGAAGAUGAGGGGGAUGGACUGAUUGAGAGGGAGCUGUUCGAGAUGGUCUCUCUCAGGCAGAAGAAACAGAAGAAGUACCCAUGGUCCGUGUGGGUUUGGACCUCAGAUGUGAAGGGGUCAGGGACAGAUGCCCAGGUGUUUCUGCAGAUUUAUGGAGAGAAAGGCAAAUCUGAUGAGAUCAAACUGGAAAGCAAGUCAGACAGUUUUGAACAGGCCCAGCUUGAUAAAUUUGUGAUUGAAAUGCCAGACAUAGGAAGACUGCUGAAACUGCGCAUCUGGCACGAGAAGAGGAAUCCAUUUUCUGGCUGGCAUUUAGCAAGGGUCACCUUGCUGAAGACCCUGACAAAGGAGAAAUACUCUUUUGAAUGUGGCCGUUGGCUGGACAUCAACGAAGAUGACAAUGAGAUAAUCAGAGAGCUGCCAGCUACUGGAGCGCUCAUUGAUGAGCCACUGCUGUUGAUAAAGUAUCGUGUCACCAUCUGCACCGGCAACGUCAGGGGCAGUGGCACCGAUGCCAGCGUCUUCGUAAAUCUUUUCGGCGACCUGGGCGACACAGGGGAGCGACUCAUGAUCAUGAGCAAAACCAAUGUCAACAAAUUUGAAAAGGGCAACCAUGAUGAGUUUCUCAUCGAGUCCGUGUCCUUGGGCCAGGUGCGCAGAGUGCGUGUAGGUCAUGAUGGCAGCGGUGGAGGUUGUGGUUGGUUUGUUGAUAAGGUGUUGGUCAGAGAGGAGGGCCAACCAGAGAGUUUGGCCAUUGAGUUCCCCUGUUAUAGGUGGUUGGACCGUAAUGAGGACGAUGGGCAGAUUGUCCGCGAGUUAGUUCCAGCUGGAGAUGGCCUGCGUCUUUUCAAUGUCAGCUACCACGUAGCAAUCAAGACGGGCAGUGUGAAUGGGGCCAGCUCCGACUCCAAGGUGUUUGUCAAGCUGUACGGAGAGAAGUGUGACACCAACAAGAUGAUUCUGGCGGUCAGUGACAAUGAUCUCAGGAACUACUUUGAGACAGGACGCACUGACAUUUUUACCAUUGAAACCUUUGACGUUGGACAGAUCAGCCGUUUCCUGAUUGGUCACACCAACGAGGGCCUGCGGGCUGGAUGGUUUCUGGACAGUGUGAAGAUUUCUGUGCCAGUUCAUGGGAAGGAGUACAUGUUCCCGAGCCACCGCUGGCUCUGCAAGGACGAGGCUGAUGGCAAAGUGGAGGUGGAGAUCUAUCCGAGCGAGGUCCUGGAUAUUGAACAAUUGAUCAACUAUGAAGUAACAGUGGUAACAGGGGAUGUGCGUACAGCUGGCACCAAUGCCAAUGUCUUCUGUCAAAUGUAUGGAGAGGAAGGAAAAACUGAAGUUCUUCCUCUAAAGAAUCGCUCCAACAACUUUGAACGCGGCACCACUGAGAUCUUCAAGAUUGAGGCUCUGGAUAUUGGUAAGAUCUACAAGAUACGCAUCUGCCAUGACGGUAAGGGUGUUGGGGACGGUUGGUUCCUGGAUAAAGUGGACAUCAAGCGGCUGACGGUGGCUAUGGUGCAGAUUGAGGUGAAGAAGGAGGACACCAAGAAAGACAAGAAGAAGGACAAAAAAAAGAAGAAGAAAGAGGACGAGGUAGAGAUAGUUGAGGAGCUGCAGGAAGUGGUGAAGACAUUCUCUUUCCCCUGCAACCGCUGGUUGGCCAGGGAUGAGGAGGACGGGGAGAUUGUGGUUGAGCUGCUGACUGAGGACGAUGAAGAUCUCGAGGUGAACUCGUAUGAGGUCCAUGUGUUCACUGGGACUAUGUGGGGAGCGGGGACAGAUGCCAAUGUUUACAUCAACAUUUAUGGAGAGAUAGGCGACACAGGGGAGAGACGGCUCAGGAAGUCAAACCACCUGAACAAAUUUGAGAAAGGCCAGGAGGACAUUUUCAACAUCACGGCCGUCGACCUGGGGGCCCUGAAGAAACUGAGGAUCCGACAUGACCACAGUCAGGCCAGUGCCGGUUGGUUUUUGGAAAGAGUGGAGAUCAUAGACAACAAAGAUGACACUACAUACUUUUUCCCUUGCAAGCGCUGGCUGGCUAUUGAUGAGGAUGACAAACAGCUUGCCAGGGAGCUGGUUCCUGUGGAUGAGGCCUUUAUGAAGAAGGGCGAUGAUGAUGAUGAGGACUCUGACGCUGCACUCGGUCUGGAACAGAAAGCCAUGUCAACAACAUACACAGUGAAGAUAAAAACUGGUGACAAAAAGUACGCAGGAACUGACGCAAAUGUUUUUAUGAUCCUGUACGGCACCAAGGAUGACACAGGGAUAAUUAACCUGAAGGCUUCUAAGACUAAUAAGAACAAGUUUGAGCGGGGAUUGAUUGACGAGUUCACCGUGGAAGCAGUGGACAUUGGACCACUGAAGAAGCUGCGUAUUGGACACAACAACAGUGGAGGAGGAUCAGGCUGGUUCGUUGACUGGGUGGAGAUUGAUGCUCCUUCUCUGGGGCAGAAACUGCGCUUCCCCUGCGGCCGCUGGUUGGAUAAAGGGGAGGAUGACGGGGCCAUUGCCAGGGACCUUUUCCCUAAUCCCCUACAGACAGAGCUUUACACACCAUUUGUUCCUUAUGAGAUUAAAAUCUUCACGAGUGACGUGUUUGGAGCAGGCACAGAUGCAGAUGUCUUCAUCGUCCUGUACGGGCGGGAUGCGGUGUGCAGCCAUCAGAAGUCUCUGUGUGUCAACAAGAGGGAGAGGAGGAUGUACUUUAAACGAGGAGCUGAGGACAUGUUUAUUGUUGAGCUAAAAGACGUGGGGGAUGUAAUUGAGAAGAUCCGUAUCGGCCAUGACAACCGUGGGGUCAACCCAGGCUGGCAUUUGGACAGAGUGGAGAUCAGACGUCUGCUCAGGAAGGGAAAGGGUUCAGAGACUGUGAUCUUCCCGUGUGAGUGCUGGCUCGCCAAGUCGGAGGAUGACAGAGAAACAGUGAGAGAGCUGGUGCCCUCUGACAUCAUCACUGAGAAACUUUCACGAGAUGGAAGCCUGAAAGUCACUGAAAUCGAGGUGGAAGACGCCCUGGAGACUCACACAUACACGGUGUCAGUAAUGACAGGAGAUGUGUACGGAGCCGGCACCGACGCCAAUGUCUUCCUCACGAUCUACGGAGACAUGGGGGACACUGGAGAGAGGAAACUUAGCAAGUCGGAGACAAACCGCAACAAGUUUGAACGAGGAUCUGUGGAUGAGUUCACUAUAGAGGCAGUCGACCUCGGGCAGGUUUUUAAGAUUAAAAUCCGCCAUGAUAACAGUAUGAUAAGUGCAGACUGGUACUUGGACCAAGUGGAGGUGGUUGAUGUGGAUACAGAAGAGGUCUUCAUCUUCUUAUGUGAACGAUGGCUUUCCAGGAAGAGAGAGGACGGACGCAUUGAGAGAUUCUUCUAUGUCAAGGAUUAUGAGGGAGUGAGAGAAAGCUUAAACAGUAAAAAGAACUCAGCCCUGAUGGUGAAGAGUGUUGACAGCAACAUGAACAAAAAGAACAAGAAGAAGAAGGAGGAAGAAAUGGAGCUCCCGAUCAUACCAUACCACAUUACCAUCUGUACUGGACUGGAGCGAGAUGCGGGCACUACCAGCAGGGCUUAUGUGAUCAUUAUCGGGGCCAAUCACACCCAGACAGAGAGGUUAUGGCUGGACCUGCUGGAUGGGAGGAAGGGCUUUGAGGCUGGCUCUCUGGAGAACUUUGAGACCUACGGUUCAGAUUUGGGGGAGAUCAAAAAGGUCGAGCUCGGCCAUGAUGGGGCCACUUCUGAGAGCUGCUGGCUGGUUGAUGAGCUGUCUGUUGCUGUGCCAACCAAAGGGGUCACAUACGUCUUUGCCUGCAAAUGCUGGCUGGCCAAAGAUCGUGGAGAUGGGUUAACUGCUAGAGUCUUCAACGUGCUGGAUGCAGAGGCCAUUUCCAUCUCCCAGAAGAUUAUCUAUGAGGUGACGGUGGUAACGGGAGAUGUUCAGAACGCAGGAACAGACACUCAGAUUUUCAUGUCUGUGUUUGGGGCCAACGGCAGCACAGAGGAGAUGCUCCUGCAGAAGAAUGAGGACAGGUUUGAGCGUGGUCAGGAGGACACUUUCACCAUGGAGAUCGAUGACAUUGCCCCACUGAGGAAGAUGAGGCUUCGCAUUGAUGGCUCUGGCAGUCGACCUGACUGGUUUUUCAAUCAGGUGAUCAUGCGUAACCUUACCACAGAGGAGGUGUCCGUGUUCACCUACGAGGACUGGUUGUCCAGGAUGCGUGGACCCAAAAGAACCAUGAUCUGCGAGAUGGCUGCUGUGGUAGACGAGGAAACAAUGGUGGAGCUCACCACCUACAUCAUCCAGGUCAAGACCAGUGAUGUUACUGGGGCAGGCACUGAUGCCAAUGUGUGGGUCAUCAUUUUCGGAGAGAACGGAGACACGGGGACGCUGGCGUUGAAAGAGUGCAACAAGUCCAACAAGUUUGAGCGCAAGCAGACCGACACAUUUCACUUCUCAGACAUCCUCAGCAUGGGCGAGCUCUCCAAAGUGCGAGUUUGGCACGACAACACAGGUCCUGCUCCUGGAUGGCACUUAGAAUACAUUGAUGUGAAGGAUGAGAUCAUGGACAAAACAUUUCGGUUCCCCUGUGACCGCUGGCUUGCAAAAAAUGACGAUGAUGGACAGAUAAUGAGAGAACUGGCCUGCGCUAACAAUGACUACUUAGACUUGAAUGAGAAGACAAAGUAUGAAAUUUGUAUCACAACUGGAGACACUGAGACCAAAGAAAAUGGCUGGAUUGUACUUGAGGGGAGGAAGGGCCGAUCAAAAGAAUUUGUAAUGGAGAACUCCUCUAAGAAGAGGAGGUUCUUGCGGGGAAAUGUGGACAGGUUUGAGUUUUCAUCCAAGAACCUGGGUGACAUCGCAGGUAUCUGCCUGGGCCACACACCCAAGGACGGAAAGAAAGUGAAGGGGGAGUUUCACUGGCAUGUAGUGGAGGUUGCCGUCACUGAAAGAGAGCUGGGAAACAAGUACAUCUUCAGCUGCAAUGCCCUCAUCCCUCUCUCUUCAAAAAGGGAUGAAUUCUUGACCUUUGAGUGCGCAAAGACCAUCGAGAGCUUCGCCAGUAAAGCUAGAAGCCUGGUGCCUGUCAAGUACGAGAUCAUCGUCAUCACCGGCGACGAGAAGGGAGCAGGUACAGAUGCCAACGUUUUCAUCACUAUCUAUGGCUCCAAUGGAGAUUCAGGCCGCCGACAGUUGCGGCAGAAGUUCCGCAACCUUUUUGAACGUGAGCAGACGGAUCGUUUCCUGGUGGAAAUGCUGGACAUGGGAGAGCUGCAGAAAGUUCGGGUGGAGCACGACAACACGGGUCUUAGUCCUGGCUGGCUACUGGAUCGUGUGGAAGUCACCAACACAGCUAAUGGUGUCACAACCAUCUUCCUGUGCAGGAAGUGGCUGGACACUAAAUUGGCUGAUGGGCAGAUCGUCAGAGUCAUUUAUCCAAAAUACUAA